AUGUAUCAAGCUACACAUCGAGCCUUAGAGAAUCAUGUGUUUCAACGGAAGACUGUAUCUUCUCCAGUGAUUUGUGGGCGAGACUGCUCUAUGGAUCCACGAUGUGUGUCGUUCAACUACCAAAUAGAUGACCAUGUUUGCGAAUUAAACAAUAACACCAGUGCAAAUAACCCUACAGACUUUACCGAAUCGCAAGGAAGUGUCUACUUCGAUGCAGAGUUGGACACGCCAUUAUUUGCCGUUCCAGAUAUGAAAAUGUAUAGCAGUUGUCUAAAGAUACAUCAAGCUGGUUAUCGUGACAAUGGCAUAUACACAAUCUACCCAACAAGUCUACCUGAUGGGGUAAUGGUCUACUGUGAUAUGGAGACAGAUGGAGGAGGCUGGAUCGUGUUCCAGAGGAGACAAGACGGGAUUGUUGACUUUUACUGUACCUGGGCUGAGUACCAAUCUGGGUUUGGUGAUCUACAUAAUGAGUUCUGGUUGGGGAAUGAUAUCCUGCGUGACCUUACUGGAUCGGGUCAAUGGCAACUUAGAGUAGAUAUGGAAGAUUGGCAGUCCAACAAGUUCUGGGCUUCUUAUGGUGAGUUUGCUGUUACAGGUGACAAGUACACUCUCAAUGUUGGUUCAUAUGACGCUCAAAGUACAGCCGGUGAACAGUUGAUACAUCAUAAUGGUCAUCCAUUCACCACGAAGGAUCAGGACAAUGAUGCAAAGCCUGGUAAGAAUUGUGCCGAGCUAUUUGAAGGUGCCUGGUGGUUUAAUGAAUGCUUUUGGGUUCAUCUGAAUGGUAAAUACUAUCCACAGCAAGAGGUACCAGACCUACAGGGACUACAAUGGGGUCGAUCAGGAGGAUAUUAUUACUCCCUGAAGAAAUGCAGCAUGAAAAUACGGCAAGUUAUGUAA